CGGCGCCGUUCAUUAUCUAUAGAUGUGAAAACAUGUAGUUCAUUCUUGUAAAUUAAAAGUACAAAUUUGAUAUAUACUGACGUUACAGAAGGACUGAUUUGCAGCCAUGGCCAAUUGCUCGGACCGGGAGCGCGAGUGCUCAUCGUUCGCCGACACCUGCCGCUGCGAGAAAUCAGCGACGGACGAGACGCGCGAACGUCUGGUGGUGAGCCGUCUGGAUCGCUACGAGCUGGAGGAUCGUCACUUGCGCGUGCUCGAGGAGCUGAGCUCGGCGAAGAAGCUAGCGAACGAGCAGUCGGACAAGAUCAAACGAUUGGCGACCAAGCUGAUGCGUUUCGGCGCCAACCCGCGAGCCUGCGGCCUCGACGAUCAAGAUCGAGUCGCGCUUUUGGAAUCGGAGAACUGCAAGCUGAGGGACAAGGUGUGCGCUCUGAGGAAUCAGCUGGUUAAUCGAAAAAUCUUCGGGCGCUCGCCGUCGCGUGGGCGUAAGCAGCCGCUCGGCUAUAGUUCGGGUGCCAACACUUGUCGCAGCGAAAACAGUCGACUGAAAACUAGCUCGUGCCAGUGUCUCAACGCGCCGUUCACCAAUGACGAGCAAAAUCAGGCGAUCAAGCUGCAGCAGUUGGAGGUUGAAAAGAAAGCGAUGCAACUGCGCAUCGAGCAAUUGGAGCUGGAGUUUGCGAGCUGCGCGUCGGGCAACCGAAGGGAAAAAGUGGCGGAGAAUGUCGAGUACAUUCGAAUUUUGCGACAGAUGAAACGUCAAAACGAGAAACUCGAUGCUGCUCAGGCCGCUAAUGAGAUGCUCAGCCAGCAGAUAGGCCAGAUGAAGAGUCAGCUCGAGGAGUCUCGCAACAAUAACCAGCAAUUAAGUGCAGUCCUGGAGUGCGAGCGCAAGCAAUUCGCCGACCUCGAUGACAACGCGUCGAAAUAUAAAAAUUCCCAGAGCGAUCUGCGCGAGAAGAACGAGCGUAUCUCCGAUCUGUCCAACGAAGUGGACAUCCUAAAGCAGCACAAUCACGAGCUGCUGGAUCUCAGUUCCAAGUUCGGUCGAGUGGAGCAGGAAAACGUCGAGCUCAAGCGCAGGUUGUCCGAGCAAUCCGUCGACCAACAGAGCUUGAAGGACGAGUUGGACAAGGAAAAGGCAAAUAUGCAGGCGCUCGAGGCGGCGAACGAGCAAUUGUUGGCCAAAGUCAACGGGCUGCAGAAGAGUCUCGACGUUAUGAGCAUACAAUUGAUGGGUCAAAACGAAAGGAGCGCGGCGUCGCAGCGAACUCCGAAAGCGUCGAGAGGCUCCCAGACUGCCAGCAAUGAGCUGUCGAUAACGCCUUCGCAAGAGAGCGUGCAAGCUUGCAACAACUGUUGCGGCAUUCCGAUGCGUAAGAAGCCAGCGGCAGUAGCUGACAAAGGUAUCCAAGUGUGCGGAGAUCAACAGCAGUCGACGAGCAAAUCGACGCAGACCGAUAGUGCCAAAUCGCGGGAGAGCUGCGAUAACAAUAAAGCCAAAUUUCAGCUGUCCCGAGGCCAUAGCAGUAACUCGCUGUCUCGCGAGAAUAUGCUGCGACUAUUGGAGCAAGUGCAGAUCGGCUCGCCGAUGGAGACACAGCCAGUGGCGAUGAUGAGGCCUGUUUCCAAUCUCGAGGCCGUUUUAUUCGGCGACUCGUGACGAACGUACCUCGUGUACAUAGCCACUGUUAGGCAUUCUACGCGUGUGGAUAACUGAAUAUUUUGUAUUACGUUUUAUAUUUAGCCUUUAGCCCUCCCUCCUCCCUGACUCUUUUGGAUGCGAUCGCGUAUAGUUGGCGGAAAUCGCAUACGCACAGCCGAGUGCAAGUGAUUUUGUAAUAGCACCCGAAUUAAUAAUCAAAUGUCCGUGUAAUACCAAAGUCAUUCUUUAUAGAUCUAUCCGAGUCCCCGAAGUGCUUCCAAAAAAAUACAAGGGAACGAUAGUUAGUUAAGCUCUCUCUCUCUGUCUCUGUCUCUCUGUCUCUGUCUCUGUCUCUGUCUCUGUCUCUGUCUCUGUCUCGAAGAAUCAAUGGUUUCGAUCGGUAGAGCGAAGAUGGAUAAUCGCUGUUAGUCCUUGACUGCGUAUACCGUACGAAUUAACGAAAUAACUCGCAAAGUACAAAUGUUCAAUCGACAUUGUGAUCACUAAAAAUACAUAUCCAAAGAAUGUGUUCAGCACGUUUGCCAAUUCGCAAUUUGCAAAAUCGAAGGCGAUAUUUCAUCGAUCCUUUCUAGCGAGUUUGCUUAUAUACCUUAGCCGCGUACAGACUUUUUGUACAUAGUUAGAGAAGAUAAUUUUGUGCAAUUGCCAAUCACGGCGAUUUAUCGUUCUGCUUUAACAUUUUAAUUAACCUAAUUUGUAGCGACACUUUUGUAAUAAUUCUAGUAUGUAAGAUUACCUUUUCUAAUGUAGUUUAUUACUAUUCCCGAACAAUAAAAUAAUACGUA